GAGAUGAGAACUUAUCAUCCUCCGUCUUUUGAACCUCCUGUUUGGACUCGACUUGGUGGACACUUUCAAACCAUCUUUGGAAGUAUUUUUCCCGUACCAAAUAUAAAAUAUGACAAACGAAGACGUUUUUGUACUCAUGAUGGAGAUUUCUUUGAUGUUGACAUUGUCUUGGGUCAUAACAAACUGAAUCCUUACGUGGUUGUCUGCCACGGCUUGGAAUCUUCUGCAUAUUCAUCUCACACUCUGAGAAUAGUCGAAAGAUUUGUAGCUCUUGGCUGGAAUGUGUUUGCAAUCAACUAUAGAGGUUGUUCUGGAGUACCCAAUCGAACCUUGAGAACUUAUCACGUUGGUUUUACGGAAGACGUGGAUCUAUUAACCAAAACUAUCUAUGAAGAGACAGAAGGAAGUUGUACAAUAUAUUUGGCUGGCUUUAGUUUAGGAGGGAAUAUUAUUAUCAAGUUCUUAGGUGAAUUGGGAAAUCGUGCAUAUGAACGCCGAAUAUUAGGAGCUACAGUUGCUUGUGUACCUCUUAAUCCCUUUUAUUGUCAACCCAAGGCAGAUCGAGGUAUUUCCAAAGUGAUAUAUGUGAGACGCUUUCUAUCUUCCUUUAAACAAAAAGCAGAAGAGCAACAUAAGAGAUUUCCCAAAGCGUUCGAUAUUCAAAGAGUGCGCAGUAUAACUACCAUAGGAGAACUUGAUGACUAUUAUAUAUCUAAAGUAUUUGGUUUUGAUGGAAAGGAAGAUUAUUAUAGGAAGAAUGGAGGUGAAUUCUUUUUGCCUUUGAUAAGAGUACCGUUGCUUAUUCUUCAGUCAAAGAACGAUCCUAUUGUGGAUACAGAACAUUUGCCACAUCCGCAGCUAUUUGAAUCUCUUCCUAUUCAUUUUUUGUAUACAGAGAAUGGUGGACAUUGUGGAUAUUUUAGUGGAUUCUUUGUACCUUCUUAUAUGGCACAAGCUAUGUCGCAUUUUUUGUCUUUUGUCAAUACAUUUGCCAAAGAAUAAAUUUCAUUGGAUAAUCCAUUGUUGUUGAC